GGUGGCACUGGCCCAAGAAUAAAAGGGUACCAUUCUGGGUCUUCAUCUCAAAACCCGAGGCACAGAAGCAUCCAGUACCCCAAUGGUUUUUAAACUAUUCACAGGUGUCCAGCAAAAAGGUAACAAUACCGAAUAUGAAGACUCUGCUUCUCCUUAUCAGUAUUCUUGGACUAGUUGUUGCUUCUCCUAUCCAGAGGAGUGAUGUAUUUAGAAGAGGCCCCAGAGACAAUCUUAAUUCUACUAAUGUAGAUCAAAAAAUAUUAGUUAAUCCUGACCAUAAAAAUGAGCAGAAGCAAAACAGAGAUGGUGAGCACCAGGAAGGAGGAAUAUUGCUCAACCUCAAGAAACAGCAUGUUACAGCUGGAAAAGUCUCUACAGGUGAUGCUAUCAGAGGGCAUCAAAAUGCAAAGGAGAGGCAGCUGCUUCAGGAUGGCAUAGGACUAGCACAAACCACAAGUAACAGCCAGUAUAAUACACAGGAAAAUCUGGGUCAAUACCUUAAAAGCUCUCAGCUGGAUCUUCUCAAAAAGACCAGCCAUGUGGAAGAAAAUUACAUUGAGGAUAAGAGAGAGAACAAUGCAGUUCUAGGUCCAGCAUCCACAACCGGAAGCUCCAACGUUCACGAGACAGAUCCCUUUGCUGAAAAACAACUUAGCGAGGGAUCCCAUACCAGGAAUGGUCUUAAAUCAAGCAAAGAUGUUGAUGUGUUCUCUAAGGACCAUUACAGUUUUGACAGCUUCAAUUUAUAUGAUGAGGGCAUGCAAGGAGAUGACCCCGGAUAUGCUGAUGACUCUGAUUCCGGUGAGAGCAAUUCCAACCAGCAACCUGGGGCACCAAGUAGUUCAAGCGAUUCAAAUGAUGAGGAAUCAGAACAAUCAAACCACUCAGCAAAUCCCGGAAGCCCAGAUGGUUCCAAUGGAGCCCAAGACUCCAGCGACCCUAGUGAUUCGAGUAGCUCAAAUGACUCUACUGAUUCUAGUGACUCUAGUGACUCAAGCAGCUCCAGUGAAUCCAGUGAUUCAAGCAGCUCCAGUGACUCCAGUGACUCAAGCAGCUCCAGUGACUCCAGUGAUUCAAGCAGCAGCUCCAGUGACUCCAGUGAUUCAAGCAGCUCCAGUGAUUCGAACAGUUCCAGUGACUCCAGUGAUUCAAGCAGCUCCAGUGGCUCCAGUGAUUCAAGCAGCUCCAGUGACUCUAGUGAUUCAAGCAGCUCCAGUGACUCCAGUGAUUCAAACAGUUCUAGUAGUUCCAGUGAUUCAAGCAGUUCCAGUGACUCCAGUGACUCCAAAAGUUCUAGUGAUUCCAGUGACUCAAGCAGCUCCAGUGACUCCAGCGACUCCAAAAGUUCUAGUGACUCCAGUGACUCAAGCAGCUCCAGUGACUCCAGUGACUCAAGCUUCCGAUGCCUCGGAUGA